AUGCACUUGUUCUUCUUUCUCCAUUCUCAUCCUGCCUAGCGAGAGCUGCCGCCAUGAACCUAGUAGCCGCUUGCACCUCGAUGGAGGUGAAGGCGAAGCCGGCAAGGGGUGGGAAGAGGACCAGGGCAAGCGUCGGCACGGCCGGCGCGCCGACGGCAAAGGUACUGAUGGAGAAGAAGGACUCGGAGAAGGAGAGGCGGCAGCGCAUGAAGGGGCUCUGCGAGAAGCUCGCGUCCCUCAUCCCCAAUGAAGACAACCCCCACGCUGAUACAAUGACGCAGCUAGGAAGCCUGGAUGUGGCGGCAACAUACAUCAAGAAGCUCAAAGAGAGGGUCGAUGAGCUACAACGUAAGAGGACCUCAACACCCACUACAACCACUACCACAAGCAGCGGAGCAAGGUCACCAGAAGGAGAAAAAUAUUUGGAGGCAUCACCACCGGUAGUGGAGGUGCGACAACCUGAUGAUUCAAGCAUGGAGGUGAGGCUGAUAUGCAGCACGGAGAGACCGAUCAAGCUCCAUGAGGUGAUUACCAUCCAUGAAGAAGAAGGGGCCGACAUUGUCAAUGCCAAUCACUCCGUUGCUGGCCACAAAAUAUUUUACACUAUACACUCCCGGGCCUUCAGCACUAGAAUUGGCAUAGAUGUUUCAAGAAUUUCUGAACGACUAAGAGCACUGGUAUGAUAGUAAAUCAAUUUGUGUACACACAAAAACACACACUAAAUUGUGUAAAAUAAACAUCCCAUGGAUGGUACAUGAUGUAUAUUUAUUAGUUGACUAUGACAGGGGACAGAAACGCCUUAA